AUGGACCCCCCACCCGCGCCAUCGCAAACCAAGCUUCCCCCACCACCCCCGACAACAGCAACAGCAACAACAACCAUGCCGGCACCUCCACCGCCUGCGGCGCCCGUAGUACAGACCCCAAGGAGCCUGCCCCGGCUCGAGAUCCUCGACCCCUCCAAGCCGCACGCCUUCUCCCGGCCCUCCAAGCGCAUCAACGAGGGCGCCGACGUCGCCCACUUCUCCGUCUCCCUGGCCUACCGCGACAUCGGCCUGUUCCUCAUGCAGCUCAACCACGCCGUGUGCCCGCGCCGCCAAAAGCAGCAGCAGCAGCAGCCGCCGCAAGACCAGCAGCAGUCUCAACAGCAGCCGCCGCAGAGCGGCAGCCUGGCGGCGCUGCGCUCGCCGGCCGGCAGAGGCCACGCGGGAGCAGUCAAGGCGUUCACGAUAGGCAGCACGCGCGACCCGCCGCCCGUCAAGGCCAUGCAGGCCCUGCUCGAGCGCGCGGGCGCCCUCGUCGACGACGCGCCGCCGGACCCGGGCCCCAGGCGCUUCGGCAACGUCGCCUUCCGGACCUGGCACCGGCUCCUCGAGGACAGGGUGGACGGCCUGCUGCGCGAGCAUGUCGGCGAGGAUGUGCUGUCGUUCGGCCGAGCUGGGGCUUCUGGGGCGGCAGGGGAUAGCGCAGACGGGGAGGGGCCCGCCACGGCGCUGGACGAGCUGCGGGCGUACUUCCUCGGCGGGUUCGGCAGCUGCCAGAGGCUCGACUACGGCACCGGCCACGAGCUGAGCUUCUUUGCCUUCCUGGGGUGCCUCUGGAAGCUGGGCUUCUUCGGCAGCAGGGAUGCUAGCGAGGGCGAGGAGCUGGAGAGGAGUAUCGUCCUGGGCGUCAUAGAGCCAUACCUCGUCAUCGUCCGCCGCCUCAUCCAGACCUACACGCUCGAGCCCGCCGGCUCCCACGGCGUCUGGGGCCUCGACGACCACUCCUUCAUGCCCUACAUCUUCGGCUCCGCCCAGCUCGCCGCCCCGCUCGCCGACCCCGCCGACCCCGUGCCCCAGGCCGGCAGCCUGCCGCGCGCGCCGCGCCCGGGCGACAUCACCAAGGACGAGCUGGUGGCCGCCUACCGCGGCGAGUACAUGUACUUCUCGGCCGUGGGCUUCAUCGACGACGUCAAGACGGGGCCCUUUUGGGAGCACAGCCCGGUCCUGUACGACGUGUCGGGCGUCAAGGACGGCUGGGCCAAGAUCAACAAGGGCAUGCUCAAGAUGUACGACGCCGAGGUGCUGGCCAAGUUCCCCGUCGUGCAGCACUUCCCCUUUGGCUCGCUCUUCUCGUGGGCGCGGGACCCGGCCGCCGCGGCGAGGGCGCAGUCGGUGCACCUCGCGAGCCAGCCCGUGGGUGGUGCCCCUCCUCCUCCUCCUUCUUCGAGCGCCGGUGCAGGAGGAGCAGGACGAGGAGGAGGAGGGCCGGGGAUGGCGGCGAUGCCUGGGGUGAACCAGAGGGGGGUGGUGGUGAUGCCCGGUGGCAGCAGCAGCAGCAGCAGCGGUGGUGGUGGAGGAGGAGGAGGAGGGCUGCCGGCGGGCCAGGACGCGGGACUGGCGUGUGCCAUGGGCAGGCCCGGGACGACGGGCGCGCAGGUGUCGCUGACCAAGGCGCCGUGGGCAAAGUGA